AUGGGGUGCAUGCUGAAAGCGACGUUACGCGAUGCCGAUGACACCGGCGGCAGUGGUGGCAGCAGUAAGAGUAGCCAGCAUAACAGCAGCAUGACGUACAACGCGCCGGCUGCGACCGGCGAGCGGGAUGGGGCCGAUGGAAUGCUGUACGUGAAAAGUUACGUUCCCUGCUCGAGGGCCUCUCUGCGGAAAUUCCCCCAUUCUUCGUCUACGGUGAUCCCCUCGCUGCGGCAUAUCUGCGGCACAGAGCGAUCCGAGGGGUUUCUCGUACGGGGGGCGAUUAUGGACCAACUCGCGUUUCCCACCAAUUUUUUUUUGUUUCUACUUUUUUUUUUAUUCCGCGGACAUGGCGGUACGACGCGGUUCGCAUGUUGGGAGGACACGCGGGUGCCGUGGGUCGCUUGCGUGCCGCACCGAAGGUGGGACUUUGCACGCUCGUGCGUCUGUGGGGUGGUGCUGACCUCCUUCUUGGGCUGCUGGCGACAGCGGCGGCGAAGAUGA